CCAACACCACUCUCGGACGAGCAUAUCUGCAGUGCUCAGCUGAAGCAGCAGCGCACGGAUUGGCCAGUUAUUUUGGUUUUGCCGCCACACAUUUGGUUCCUGUACAUGCUUUGACGAUUCCCCGCCUGUGGAUACCAGUGAAAGUUAACGUGGUCGGCUAGCUAUCCCACACACACACAAAACCCAUUCCCCCACUGAGCUUCAGACACAAGCCUCUGUCAUCAGUAUCGAAGUCCGGUUUCUGUCCUCCGUUCAUAUGCCCUCCGACAAGACAAUGCCUUUUUGUACUGAAGGGACUUUGAUGCGCCUUAAUGUAUGCACGGCACUCUUCUUCCUGUUACUAUGCGUUUGCCAUACAGGUGUUGCAGAAUUUGCCGACCAACCAUCAGAUGUGUUUAAAGGUUAUGAUUUUGGUGUAGAUUUUCAAGACAGUAGCAGCCCUCUUCCUCAGGCAAUACAAGAUAAUGGGAUGCUCCAUCUAGUCCUGCACUAUCUUUCGCUGAAACUUAUACGAGAAAUGGGGGCUGAGGAGGAGACGAGGCUGACCAAAAGACAAAGCAAGAUGGUUCACGACAAGGUCACAGCGUUCUAUGACGAGAUACUCAAGCAUCCGGCGCUGAACAGCAACCGGAUUGCGUUCAGCCAGAAGAAGCCGGAUUUCGCCACGUUCCGUCCAGAUCACCCGGAGGGGACAUCUCUGCCUCAUCGGCGGGGAAAAAGGGCAGCCGGCAUUCUAACCGAGAUCUGCACAAGCGUCAGAGGCUGGGAGCAAGAGAACAGGGGCGUGACAAGGAACCACGACGUAGUGAACCUAUACCCAGAUCAGCAUUUUUAUACCACAAGGUGUCUGAGUAACGGUCAGAGCUGCAACUAUAUCAACGACUGGAGAGUAACUUCAGAGUGUACGACGCGCUCGUCGUGGACAAUUGCAUACGUGGAGGUGAACGACGGAGAGACUGUUCGCUAUGAUUGGGAGUGGAUCGCCAUAGAUACAUGCUGCAGCUGUGCCGCCAGCUCAAAGUAGUUGAAAAAAAUGCAGAAGGUACUUCCAACGGCCAGUAAAAUCUCCUCUUCAGAAGGAAUCGAUUUGUAUCUUGUUUAUGAACGUCUUGGACCGAUCAAGCUAAUUCACUCGAGAUGCCUUAAUCAUGGCCCAGCUUUAUUUUUGUUGUAUAACUGUAUACCACGCCUUACAAGACACUAUUUAUUCGAUACGUAAUUACGUGUUAACUGUGAUCGUUGAAAAGCUUACGCCUGUAACUUCUGACAUACAUGACGAGCAAAUCAGCGUCAACUUUCUCAAGUCAAAAAUAACGCCAUUAAUG